AUGGCUGAAUUCCCGCUCAAGGUACCCAUGCUCUCAUUUUCGCAAGCAUCCAGGGAAAGGGAGGAUUCCAAGCGCAGAGAACGCGCCUGGGCUUCCAUAAGCGAAACGGCGAAGCGCAAUCCUCUCUACAGCCUCGUGAUAAACGGUGGCGAUGUCAACUCUUCAUCUUCCCUUUCUGCUACCAUGGACACCACUGCAAGCGGACCCUCGCCAAAUAGCAGCAGGGAAAUUAUGGGAGACGCUCAGAGAAAUGGCCUAGAAGAGGGUAGUUCAGUCACGGAAAAUGAUGAGGAUGUUAGUGCCUCAUUGCGUUCUCUCCAACGUGAGAGCGAAGAAGAGCUUCGCAACCUGGGUGGUGCGGGAAAAAGUACGUCCGCGCUUCCAUUCCUAGUUCGUGAGAAAGAGAAAUCGACGGCAGUUUCCCUCCGUCGAAAAUCCGAUCUCCCUCAAGACCAGGGAACAAUCCGCACAUUGGAACAACACCGACGACCUGAUCAAUUCCUUGCUACACAACCUGAUCAAUAG